AUGCAGUGCUAUACAGAGCUUUUACCCCCGAUGGGGGUCACCCAUGCUCUUGCACUUCCUUUUUUAUCAUCUACGGCUGCCAACCUGGUUGUGGUUCGCUCAUCGUUGCUUCAGGUGUUUUCACUACGCAAACCUUCAUCGGAAAACAUUGGGACCCACUCAUCCCUCUCCCAUUUAUCCGAGCCCAAACUCGUUCUAGAGAAGGAGUAUUCUUUGCCAGGAACUGUAACGGACCUGAAUCGAGUUAAAAUCCUGAAUUCAAAGAGUGGAGGAGAGGCGAUUUUACUGGCUGUUCGAAAUGCCAAACUCAGUCUGAUUGAGUGGGAUCCCCAGCGUCAGAAUAUUUCCACAGUCUCAAUCCAUUACUAUGAGCGAGAUGACUUGACCCGCAGUCCCUGGGUGCCAGAUCUCAGUUCUUGCGGUAGCAUACUUAGCGUGGACCCUAGUAGCCGAUGUGCGGUUUUCAACUUUGGUGUCCGCAACCUAGCUAUCCUGCCUUUUCAUCAAGCAGGGGAUGAUCUAGUGAUGGAUGAUUACGACCCAGACUUGGAUGGCGAACGCCCUGGCCAAACAAAGAAGAUAGAAGAGGCCCAAAUUGUUAAAAACAAGGACGGCAACGCCCAUGCCACCCCUUAUGCUGCCUCUUUCGUCCUACCUCUGACAGCUUUGGAUCCUUCGUUGUUGCAUCCUGUCAGCCUAGAGUUUCUCUACGAAUACAGAGAACCGACAUUCGGCAUUCUGUACUCCCAGGUUGCAACCUCCACAUCUCUUGUUCAUGAGAGAAAGGAUAUUAUGUUCUACACAGUUUUCACGCUAGACCUCGAGCAGCGGGCUUCAACGACGCUCCUUUCUGUCUCUCGACUUCCCAGUGAUUUGUUCAAGAUCGUGGCACUACCACCCCCCGUGGGAGGUGCUCUGCUCAUUGGAACUAAUGAAAUUGUACACGUGGACCAGGCUGGCAAAACAAACGCCGUUGGGGUGAAUGAAUUCUCUCGCCAAGUCUCAUCCUUUUCCAUGAGUAAUCAAUCCGACUUGGGUUUCCGCCUAGAAGGAUGUAUAGUGGAACGAUUAGGUGGAAAUAGCGGCGAUAUUCUUAUUGCGCUUGCUUCGGGCGACGCGGCGCUAAUUAAAUUCAAAUUAGAUGGUCGGUCUGUGUCGGGCAUGUCUAUUCACUCAUUGCCGGCUCAAGCAGGUGGAGAUAUUAUUAAAUCGCCUGCCUCCUGUUCAACCUGCUUCAACGAUGGCAAUGUUUUCAUUGGUAGCGAAGACGGGGACUCAGUGCUAAUUGGGUGGACUCACUCGGCUUCAGGCAAAAAAUCCCGAUCGGAAAUUAAGCAGAUAUCCAAUGGAGCUGAUGAUCUAUCUGAAGAUGAUCAAAUGGAUGACGAUGGAUAUGAGGACGAUCUAUAUUCCUCACUCCCAGAAUGUGUUCAAUCUGACGCACGCACAGAAACAGAGGCUUCGACACCUGAAUACUAUCGCCUUCAAUUGAACGAUCGGCUCUGCAGUAUCGGCCCUCUGCGUGAUAUCACCCUAGGCCAAGCUAAUCGAGCCUCGGAUACUGCUACCAGUCAGUCCGGCGACGAAGAUGCGUCUACCGGGUUGGAGCUGGUUGCAUCGCAAGGCUCUGGCGGAGCCGGUGGGCUUGUCGUUAUCAACAGGGAGCUUGAUCCCUUGACAAGAAGUUCCUUUGAAAGUAAUGACGUUGAUGGAGUGUGGUCAGUCUCAAUGGCCACCGGCAAAAAAGACCCUUCGCUCGUAGUAGAUUCGGAUAUAGACGCCCCUCGUCAAUAUGUGAUCACCUCACGACUGGUCGACGCAGACAGAGAAGCAUCAGAAAUCUUGGCGGUGGAGGGACAAUAUUUGAAGCCCAUAAAAGCCGCCGAUUUCAACCCAAAUGAUGACAUUACCAUCGACAUUGGUCUACUGGCAGAUGAAACUCGUCUUGUGCAGGUUCUUCGCAACGAGGUUAGAAUUUAUGACAAAGACUUGGAACUAGCACAGAUAUAUCUCAUUUGGGAUGAAGAGACUGAUGAAGAGCGCCAUGCUGUGAGCGCGAGCUUUGCCGAUCCCUUCUUGGCUAUUCUACGAGAUGACUGUUCCCUGCUAUUGCUUCAAAUGGAUGCCAGCGGGGAUCUUGAUGAAGUGUCACUCCCAGAAGAAUUAUCCAAUAUUGCAUGGCAUUCCGCCUCUCUCUACCAAGACAGGUAUCAAUUUUUCAACCCCCUACAAGGGUCAAACACAGCCCAGGCUCAAGGAAACGCCCUUCUGUUUCUACUGAGUCCAGAAUACAAGCUCUCGUUAUUUGACGUACCGAAUAUGAAACUUUUAUCCGUUAUCGAAGGCGUCGACUGCUUACAGCCAGUCUUGUCGAGAGAUCCACCUCGAAAGUCGAAUGUGCGAGAGACUUUGAAAGAGAUUCUAGUGGCUGAUCUUGGCGAUGCCUCCGUUACUGAGCCAUUUUUGAUUAUACGAACUGUCAACGAUGACCUGGCUGUUUACAAGCCAGUAUUAACCCCACCGGAUGCAGAAGAUGGACAAUCAAAGCUCCAGUUCUUCCGAGAACCCCACCAUACUCUCGCUAAGAUUACUUCCCCUUCAUCGCCCGAGCGUGACGAUCAGAGUCACAGUCGCGCAAGGCCUUUGCGGGCUCUGUCAAAUAUUUCAGGCCUCAGCACAGUGUUCAUGCCAGGUUACUCGGGAAGAUUUCUCGUAAGGACAGCAAAGAGCCCGCCGCAUGUGGUUCGCCUCCGAGGUGAAUUCACACGAUGGCUCAGUGGCUUUGACUCACCAGCCCUCGGUUGUGAACGCGGCUUUAUCUAUGUGGACUCUGAGCACACGAUUCGAGCUUGCCAACUACCUCCAGAUACCCAGCUUGAUUACCCCUGGAUCCUACGAAAAAUUCCAUUAGAUGAGCAGGUCGACUUCUUAACUUAUGCCACUGCAUCUGAAACCUAUGUCGUUGCCACCAGCUCUCCUGUAGGCUUUAAGCUACCUGAGAACGAUGAACUGCAUGCCGAAUGGCGCAAUGAAGCGAUAUCAUUCCUUCCUGAAGUUCCUCAGAGUUUCAUUAAAGUCGUCAGCCCACAGACCUGGGAGGUUAUCGACAGUUAUCCACUUGAGGCUGCCGAACAUGUGACAGCGGUAAAGAAUGUGAAUUUGGAGGUGUCAGAAAACACACACGAACGUAAGGAUUUGAUCGUCGUGGGCACAUCAAUCACCAGGGGUGAAGAUAUUCCAGCCCGAGGUUGCAUCUACGUUUUUGAUGUGAUUGAAGUCGUCCCGGAACCAGGAAGACCGGAAACAGGCCGCAGACUCAAACUUGUCGGCAAGGAAUCUGUCAAAGGUGCAGUGACCGCCUUGUCCGGCAUUGGUGGCCAAGGAUUUGUGAUUGUGGCCCAAGGACAAAAAUGCAUGGUGAGAGGUCUUAAAGAGGACGGAAGCCUUCUUCCUGUGGCCUUUAUGGACCUGCAAACCUAUGUUAAUGUCGCGAAAGAGCUCAAGGGCACGGGCAUGUGUAUCCUGGGAGAUGCAGUCAAGGGACUUUGGUUCGCAGGCUAUUCGGAGGAACCCUACAGAAUGACUCUCUUCGGCAAAGACCCGGAGUAUUUAGAAGUCGUGGCUGCAGAUUUUCUUCCAGAUGGAAAUAAGCUGUACAUUCUAGUCGCAGACAGUGACUGUACUCUGCAUGUACUGCAAUAUGACCCAGAAGACCCCAAGUCCUCAAAUGGAGACCGGCUACUCAAUAGAAGCAAGUUCUAUGCAGGAAACUUCGCUUCAACGGUCACAUUAUUGCCCCGCACAGCUGUUUCGUCUGAACUCAUCGAACCUACCACAGAAGAUGAAAUGGAUGUUGACCAAACGAUCUCGACAUACAAUGUUCUGAUCGCCUCACAGAACGGCUCCUUAGCCUUGGUGACGACCGUCGCGGAGGAGUCCUACCGUAGACUAUCUGCUUUACAAUCUCAAAUGAUCAACACAGCUGAGCACCCCGGUGGCUUGAAUCCUCGUGCGUUCCGAGCCGUUGAAAGCGACGGGGCUUCCGGCCGAGGAAUGGUGGAUGGAACUUUGCUUCGGCAGUGGUUGAGUUUAGGAAAGCAGCGCCAGGUGGAUAUUGCAGGUCGUGUUGGCGCGACGGAGUGGGAGAUCCGUGCCGAUCUCGAAGCCAUUAGUGGAGAUGGACUAGGGUAUCUUUAG